UCUCGACAUUUUCCGUCUUCUCUCGGCCAGUUAGCUAGCCGAGCUCAUUAGCCUGCUACUUCGAGCUAAUCUUUGAAGGAUAUUUUAUGUUACUUGAAUCAGAGUGCAUGGUGAAAAUAGUGUAGAAAAAUGGCCGACGUCGAGGGACAAGGGUUUUGUUCGUCGGUCCCUCCGUUGCCUCACCUUUCCUCUCGUAACGGCUCUGGCGGCGGUAACGUUACUCAGAGCACCGGCGGCAGCUGCCAGACGGCAACCACCGUUACUUCAGGCCCGAGGCUAGUCCGGAUAGUGAAGUCUGAUUCGGGCUAUGGGUUCAAUGUUCGGGGACAAGUUAGUGAAGGGGGACAGUUACGGAGUAUCAACGGGGAACUGUACGCUCCGCUGCAACAUGUUAGUGCUGUUCUACCGGGAGGUGCUGCUGACAGAGCCGGCAUUUCUAAGGGGGACAGGAUCCUAGAGGUUAAUGGGGUGAAUGUGGAAGGAGCGACUCAUAAGCAGGUUGUCGACCUUAUCCGGGCAGGGGAGAGGGAGCUGGUGCUGGCUGUGCUGUCCGUCCCGCCCCAGGAAGCAGACUGCUUGGAUCCUGGAGAUGAUGGUUCAGCUCAAUCCUGUUAUGACUACUCAGACAAGCAGGCUGUCCCUAUCUCUGUGCCAAGCUACAAACACACAGAGCUCAAUCAGGAAAAGUUUGUGGUAUAUAAUGUGUAUAUGGCAGGCAGGCAGCUGUGUUCUAAGCGCUACCGGGAGUUUGUGAUUCUUCACCAAAACCUCAAAAGGGAGUUUGCCAACUUCACGUUCCCCAAGUUGCCUGGGAAAUGGCCUUUUUCAUUGUCAGAGCAGCAGCUGGAUGCAAGACGCAGAGGUCUGGAAGAAUAUUUGGAGAAAGUGUGUUCUGUACGUGUCAUUGGAGAAAGUGACAUCAUGCAAGAGUUCCUGUCUGAAUCAGAUGAGAACUAUAAUGGUGUGUCAGAUGUGGAGCUGAGAAUAGCCAUGCCCGAUAAAACCACGCUCACUGUCAGAGUCCGCAAAAACUCGACCACAGACCAAGUCUACCAGGCAGUGGUAAUGAAACUAGGGAUGGACAGUAUAACAGCCAGCUACUUUGCCCUGUUUGAGGUCAUCAACCACACCUUUGUGCGUAAGCUUGCCCCCAAUGAGUUCCCCCAUAAACUGUAUAUACAGAAUUAUACCUCAGCCAUCCCAGGAACCUGUCUCACCAUGCGAAAGUGGCUCUUCACUACGGAGGAGGAGAUUUUGCUCAACGACAACCAGCUUGCUGUCAACUACUUCUUUCACCAGGCUGUGGAUGAUGUGAAGAAAGGCUUUGUGAAAGCAGAGCAGAAGUCUUACCAGCUGCAGAAGCUCGCUGAGCAAAAGAAGAUGUCUAUGUAUCUGAGUUUGUUGAGAGGUUGCGAGGGAUACAAUGAGAUCAUAUUCCCCCACUGUUCCUGUGACUCGCGACGUAAAGGCCACGUCAUCACAGCCAUUAGCAUUCACCACUUUAAACUGCACGCCUGCACUGAGGAAGGGACACUUGAGAACCAGGUGAUUGCAUUUGAAUGGGGAGAGAUGCAGAGGUGGGAUACGGAUGAAGAGGGCAUGGCAUUCUGCUUCGAAUAUGCACGGGGAGAGAAGAAACCACGCUGGGUCAAAAUCUUCACACCUUAUUUUAACUACAUGCAUGAGUGCUUCGAGAGAAUCUUCUGUGAACUAAAGUGGAGGAAAGAGGUGGAAGAAGAGGCCACAGACAAGGACAAUAAGAACUGCAGUAAAGAUGGUAUGUGUGGCAAGAAUAUUUUCCAGCUGCUGAGGCACAGAAGGGAUGGAGGCACUUAGGAACAGAGAUUGUUACCUCUUAGCGAACUGCUACCAUCGACAACUCAGCUCAGUUUGGCCGUCAUCUAGCCCAAAACCCAGCAGCGCUCAGCUAUUAACUACAUGGUCGUCAUUUACAAUCCAUGAACUAAGAUCCAAGAAGCUACCCUGAUACAUGCGAACCAGCUAGCAUCUGCAAAUGAACAAAUCAGAUAAAUGACACCAUAAAAAGCUACAGACACAUGAACCAGAAUCCUUGAAUCCAGCACAUUGUUAUCAUGCUUAAUCAGCUCACUGAGAAAGAGUUAAGACCUCUGUAAACUUCAAGUCAUGAAUUCAUACAAGUAUGUUCUCUGUCUGAGCGGCGGGAAUUUGACAUGUACUUGAAGGCGUUUUAAGCCUGUUCUGUGUUAGACCUGCCUGGAAGAGAAGGCUGAUGAGAAUAACUAACAAGAACUAACAAGGGAAAGUGGAAGCUGUUAGUGCUUGAAAAGAGGAUCAAAGGUAAAAUAAUCAGCAAUACUGAGGGUUGAUCACAGGAAAGCACUGAUCUGCACCGUGUUUGGAUCAGAGCAGCAGUGUCUUGUGUGUCUUCUUGGCCACAGUGGUUGUAAGUGCAAGAUUGCAUUUAGUUUCAGUGAGUGCAGGAGAACCCAAAAGGCUGACUGGAGACAGGCCCUCAGAACACAAGCCACAGCUGCAUCACACACAUAGAUAUCCAUCUGUUUGGCGCUUAAUCUGCAUUACUUAUAAUAAUAAUAAAAAAAAAGACACUAUUAACAUUGUAUUGUGACAAAUGCAAGAAAGGAAAGCAAGAGCAGACCUUUUGUAGAAAUGUUAGACUCUUUUUUUUUUUUUUUUUUUUUUUUAAAUUCAGCUUGGUGCACGAAGUUGACAUGACAUGAGCAGGAACAUGUCAGAGUAAUGUUGCACUUUAUCCAAUAGUAUUAACAUCCUACACAUGUGGGAAAUGAAACCUAGCAGGCUGACAUCCUGGAGUUAAGACCUUGGUUUACUUUCACUUUUUCACACUGGCCUAUAGAGAAUGGUAACUCUACAAUACAAAGAGCAGAGCGUUGCAUUAAACGUAUGUUAGUAUUACAAGAGGCCUCAAUGAAAACACUGAGCUGCCGUGAGAAUGAUCAGACAAGUAUUUGUGAAGUACACUACGUGCACGGUGUAUUCCCAUGAAUGGACAACAGGGGUCCUUCUCCACCUCUCUGUUCUCUGACUGGCACUGAUUACUUUGUUUCUAAGAGUUCCCGUAGGAUUUAUAGAAGGCCUGUAAUUCAAACGGUCUUUCCAUGCAGCACAAUUUAUCUCUGUAGCUGCUACUUUGCUGCUACUACUAAACCACUUGUCCUCUGUAGGUUCAGGUUCAGCAGGAGGAGUAUUUCCUUGCAAAAAGGGCAACAUGCAUCCUUCAACAUGAUAAAUAACUGCACACAAGAAAAGCUUUGUAGCAACUGAUCACACAUGUGCAGUGUAGUGUAAUAAACAGUGUAAUUUAUGUCCUUCUUCAUAAGCCCAGUUUAAAGCUUAUAUUCAUAUAAUAAUAACAAUACUGCAAUAAGGUUUAACACUGUUAUGUGCUGGUGCAAUAGUAACUUAAGACUGACAAAUAACACCAGAAGACUGUAAUUGUAUGUUUUUACAUUGCUACAUGCUAUUACACUCUGUAUGCAGACAUUAAACAUUAAUUCAUGCUUAGUGCAAUAUUAAUAUGCUAUUACCUUAAUCAACAUAGAUAGGCUGCUUUUUCCACAUCUCAUUCUGAAGGACAGAUAUUACAUGGUCAGUUGCUGCCAGCUUUUACAAGAACAUGAACUCUUGUAGAAGCAGUAGGUGAUAUGGUUGAAAUCAUUUCAUGAUUUCAUUUCCGAAAUCAGUAUAUCAAAUUUUUACAUGGUUAAUGAAAGCAAAAUUACAUAAAUUUGUAAAGCCACAAUCUAAGAUUACCUUAAUGCACUGUGAUGCAUGACACUGAGUGUGUCUGAAGUUCAUCAGAGAGAAUAUUAAAUGUGUUUUUGGAAUCAAAAGAAGGAAAGAGUCAGAUUGAUGUCAAGGGCUUCUAGUAAGAGUGCUUGUUAUAAUGAUGCCACUGUUCAAAAAAGCCAUUGUGGCUGAUAAAUGAGCUUCUACAGACCUUUGUGGGUGUGCAAAGGAGUUUUAAUUGAAUGUGUUGAGUCUUGAAUUGAGAGAUUGAAUGUGCAGUCCUAAAGGCUUACUGCAUUUUCCCAGGAUUCUUGUCUGUUUACUGGACCAUGUCUGAAGUGGUCGAUUGUCUGACAUCGUCUGAUCUGCCCACCUUUACAAGUCUGCGCUCUCAUGUUUACCCCUUACUUUCUCUUCUUUCACUCCAGCAAAAGUCAGGAGUCACGUGUGACUGAUGUUAUUUAUUUUAAUAAGAUACAAUAUUAAUUCUUUGUUAUGUUUUUCGUUCCAUAAAGUUGCGCUUUCAAAGAGUUACGCUGAGAUGAGGAUAAAGAUUGACAACCCUCAGAUCCUUUGGAAUGUUGAAAUGUAAUAUUUGAGACAAAAUGAUAGGUUACAUCGCUUACUGUAAUAAAUUGUAACAUAUUCUUUUAAAUAAACUGAUUUAUUGAUGCAGUG